ACAAGACCUGACUUACAAUCUCCUCUGCUAGCUCUCCUUUCAGUUCCAACCGCAAUGGCUGCCACGAGAACCAUUCUCCUCGCCGUGGCCACAAUGACCAUCCUGAGCACCGCAUCGGCGGCAAUCUACAACGUCGGCGAGCCAGGUGGUGCAUGGGACCUCAGCACCAACUACGGCACCUGGGCGUCCUCCAGGAACUUCCACCCAAGCGACCGGAUCGUCUUCAAAUACUCUCCUCAGGCACACGACGUCCUCGAGGUCAGCAAGGCCGACUACGACUCUUGUAGCACCGCCAGCCCAAUCGCCACCCUCAACUCCGGGAAUGAUGUCGUCUCCCUCACGGCCACCGGUACCCGCUACUUCAUCUGCGGCUUCCCGGGCCACUGCGCCGGGGGAAUGAAGGUGAAGAUCGAUGUCGUGCCGAGCUCCUCUUCUUCCUCGCCUGCCCCGGCCAGCGGUCCCAGUGCAAGUAACGCUCCCCCGCCGGUGCCUGUCUCAGCCGCCACCUCUGUGGCCACCACAGGGUUUGGGCUCGCCAUCUUACUUAUCGUUGCCGGCCUCAUGUCUUGAAUGUAAUUUGCAACGGCAUACACGUGCAAUUUCCAUAUUAGAAGUAGCGAUUACUAGCUACCAUAUAUGCGUAUAUUCUAAAGUGUAGUAAUUAUAGGGUAUGUUGUAUGUAUCGAGGCUCCGCAUUUUUACACAGUAUUUUACCUGAAACAAUUUGAUCAA